CGCGUGCAUCUCCGUGUGAGAGGGGGACGGCAGUGGAGAAAAGAAACACCAACACCCAUUCCGUGCCAUGGCUAAAGGGAAGAGAAGUAGGUCGGACACCCAGGACUCACAAGGAGAGGAGCCAACUUCUGAGAUGCAGCCGGAUGCAGCCAAGGCGAAAAGAAAGAAAAGGAGCAGAGACCAGGAUAUUGAAGAAGAAAGGAUGGAAAUACCAGUACAGCAGGAGCAGGAGGAACUCGCAGCAGAAGAAAAGAGAAAGAUUGAACGGAAACUGAAGAAAGAGCGCAAAAAGAAAGAAAAACAGCUGCUGAGGGAAGCUGGUGCAUUAGUAGAAAAAGUGAAACCUCAGGGGCCAUCAGCAUCCGACCUUGCACUCAAAUAUCUGAAGAGUUGGUCCAAGAAACGGAAGAAUUGGAGAUUUCAGAAGACGAGGCAGACCUGGCUCUUAAAGCACAUGUAUGAUCGUAAUAAGCUCUCUGACAAGCAUUUUGCCAGGUUGCUGAAGUAUCUAAAUGGGCUGAAGGGCAACGCUCGGGAGGAAACCAUUCAGAAAGCUGAGGCUCUGAUGAAGGAAUUUGAAACGACAGAUGAUUGUACUGAAGACAUUUCUGUGAAGAUUGAGCGAAUACGCCAAGUCCUUCAGCUUUUAUCUUGAAAAUUUUCAAAGGAUUCAUAUAGUUGUCUCCCUGCAGUUGAGUACAGUUGCAAGAUCACAUUUAUUCCAAUUUUUCUGGCAUUGCUCUUGGUUUAACUUCCCCACUAAUGAUUAUUUUGUAAAAAUUCAUUUGUAAUUUGUGGUCAUAAUAAAAUUUGUGUUUUGUACAAAAUACGCCGUGCUUAAAAUAAUACUUCACUGAAUGGGUAUGCAAAAACAUCAUAAAAGUUUGGAGUGUCAAACAGAAGAAAUGUUACUAUGGUGAAAGAAACAGACAUAUUGUAUUUGUUUGUUACAUGCAGCAGCUCAAGAUGAUUGCAAAAACUUUCUUCGA